CAUUUGUCCCACUCUGGAGAAAAGUCAACAUCUAAAUCUUUGUUGUCUUACUUUUCAUUGCUCUCUCUCGCUUUCGUUGGGCGUGCAUGCCAGUGGACGAGUGGCGUUAACAAAAUGCUUUAUACAACUAUUGACGUGGCAUCUAGGGGCUAGCUGCUGCAGACAAAUGUGGUAAUUAUUCAGUGAUUUCGGGAUAGUUUCUACGAUACUUACUCGUAAAAUUAUAUGUCAUAUCAUGGCAUUGCAUGUCAUGUUGUGAUUACAUAGAGAAAUAACUCUCCUGGCUGAUAUGCAAUCUAGACAUACUUCUCAAAUAACCCAUCAGAAGGUCCUGGAUUCGAAACGCCUGUGAACGAAGAUGAAGGACGCCACGCAAACCAAAAUCAUCAUCUUGCUCUCUUUCGUACUCAUAGCCAUAUCGGUCAUGAUCACCAUUGAAACACAACGCAAGGCGAACGCCCUGGUCGAACUCAACACCGACCUCCAGGAACGCCUUGCAGCCGUAGCAAACGACCGCGAGCUCAUCGGCGACGAGCUUAAGAAACUCGCCGACCGCUUCAAGAUCAUCACCGAAGCCAAGAGCAAAAGUGACACGUUGGUGAAGCAGAAAGAGGAAGAGAUAGCAAAUAUAAGGAAAGAACACGAAGAAGAGAAGAAACUAAAAGAUCAGACUGUGAAAGAAAAAGAAGAAAAGAUUCAGGAAUUAACGACAAACAUAGAAAAGAAAGAGACCGAGAUGGAAAGUGUGAGAAGUGAAUUACAAACCGCGCACGAUGAAGCAAAUAAGGCAAAAGAAGACCAGCAAAACGCAGAAAACAGAGUGCAUGAACUAGAAGAGCAAAGUGCGAAUUUGCGGAGUCAAGUCGAGAAGUUAAACGCAGAUGUAGCGGCGGCACAGGCAAAUCAGCAACCACAAGCCCAGCAACCUCAAGCCCAGCAAACUCAAGCACAGCAACCUCAAGCCCAGCCACAACAGCAGCAGCAAGCCGGGAAGGAGGUUGCUCAACCACAGCAGCAGCAACAACAACAGCAACCACAAGCCCAACAAAAAUCUUAAACCCAUGGGGGCGGCGCCAGUGUAAAGAUGGAGCUUCUGAAAUUGACGUCCUUUUUUCUCCGCAUCAUUGGUAUUAUAAAAUUCCACGACCAGUGCUUCUAUUUCCAAUUUUCUUUCUAGACCUGUCUUUACUUUUUAUUUUAUUUUAUAGAUAUUUAUUAGUUACUUGAAAGACUGACGUGAUAUACUUUGAUUGGUGCUGCCCCCUCGACGUUCAAUCGACUGAUUACAUGGACAGUCAGUAUCUCUAAUCAUUAUCAUGUGUUAAAUUAUCUAAUUUAAUGUAUAUCAUUUAUAAACUAUCAGUAUGGACAAUAUAUUUUGUGUGCAUAUUUGCAUUUACAUGUAUCUUGAUAAAUCCGCUUAAAUAUUGCAAUAACUAUUGGCAUCGAUUUUACCUGCGACACAAAAACAUCCACUGCUUAGAAAUACAUUUGCAUAUCGAGCUCAUAAGCUGAUUAUAAUCAUUCUAUAGGAAAUAUGAAUUUCAAAAUAGGGUAGUAUACAUUUUUCGUUGACUGAUCCAAUUUAAAGGAGGUAGCCAACCUGACGUAAAGUUUGUAUUUAAAUGCCAAUAAAAGCAAAGAUUACAGGAUCUUUAUUCGCCCAACCUUCACUCAUAUUUUUCUAUCUUAUUUGUCUGUUUUAUGAACCAAAUAGUCGUCGGUAUGGACAUUUCUUUAUUUGUAAUUCAAGUAUGACUGAGUAUGAAGUUUUCUUUAAUUUAAUCGCAUUACUGUGUUUCGAGAAUUAACAGGAAAUAUGUCAUUUUCUUCAUGAAAUAUAGAGGUUUUCUGAGCAUGCAGUAAAAACCAAUGUGAUUUCGUCUAUGUGUUUCUUAUGUAUACACGAGGGUGCGUAUGAUACUUUCGUAAUAUUCUUUAAUAAUUUAUGGAGAUGUUGUAUCGAUUUGUAAGUAUAUUAUCUAAUGUGUCUUAUAUGGAUUUAAUACUGUAUGCUUCUAGAUGGUCUAUUGUUUUGAUAUUAUCUCAAAGAUUGUUUCGUAACCGUUGAAUCAUUGAUACAGACAUUUAUCGUGGAAAUGGAUAACAAAAGUCUAUCAGUCAAAAAAAUAUAGCAAAUUGGUUCAUGUAUUUGAUUAUGCUCUUCUCUGUUUUUUCAAAAUCGUUUAUUGAAUUUAGGUGAAAUUUUGUAGUAAAUUUCAACGUUGAAUCUCCUUGAAAUAAGAUGCCUUAACAUAUUUUGAUGCAUUCCUAAAAUUUCACGUUUUUACAUAAUUUUAAAUCUUUCUGCAACAGCAACUUAUACUGUCUUUCAAUCUAUUGUCUUCCAGUGAUGUGUAUCACUAACUUUUCUAAAGAAUGUUGUUUUCAUUAGCAUAUAUGUAGAGGGCUUGGGGUAUACCCCUCCCCUCCCCCCAUUAAAAAAUCCACUACGAACAAAAAAAAAACAGAGAACAAAAAUGAAAGGAAAAAGAAAAGUGAAAUAUGGUACUCUUUUCUACAUUUAUGUAACAUUCUAUUACCACAUAAGAUUUCAUUUUAAAAUGGUCAAAAUGUUGCCUCACAAAAUGUGCUAUAUAUAUAUAUACACCCCUCAAAACCAAUGACUGGGUAUAUAUAAUAAUCGGGAAAAAGAGAAAAUGUGCGCCUUUUAUCCUAGAGAUAUACACUUUAAGCUUCCGACGUUUUACAGUAUCGCAUUCAAUAUUUUGAUCUUUGUAUAUAGGCCUGCUGAGAGA